AUCAGCUUCAGCUACUCGAAGCACCCGCGGGGGAAGAUGAACGCCCUGCCCAUAGACGGCCUCGACGCCUAUCAGGACCCAACCAGAUUCCUCUCCAUCCACUGUCGACUCUUCGGUGACGCGCCUUAUUGCCCCAAGUAG